AUGACAACUCUGACUCAGGAAGCCGUGGCUGCCACCCUUGGUUCGUUGGACGAUUGGCAAAGCUUUGUUUCACUGUAUAGCAUCCAAAUCACAGUGGGAGCGGUACUAAGUGCACUGACUAUCUAUAGAAAGCAACUUAGCAGCAAUCGAUGCUUCCAUGAAGAUGGUGAUGACGAACAUAAGGUAGCGGAGGAAGACGAACCUUCCUGUUUGUCCUACGAAUUUGAAAUGCAAGCCGAAGAACUAUUGGAUGGCGCAGGAUUGUAUUGUUCGGGAGCCCCAAUUGUAUCGUUAUUGACAAAUUGGCUUGAAUGCUUUCCUGGAGACGACGUAGAAGGCAAGAAACUAUGGCUGCAGCAAGAAGAACUGACCACUUCGGACUUGCUGGAGAAGGCUGGAAACUAUUGCUCGGUGGAGCUCAUUGAGGAAAUUCUAUUGUUAUUUCACAAGAAAAAAUUGGCAAAAACAACCGCAACAGCAAAAGAAGAAGAUCGCUUUACGCAUACCUUUCCUCCGGACAUUCAUGUUCAUAUCGCUUCGUUUUUGCACCCCAAAGAUGUCACAACUCUUUCGUGUGUGUCCAAAAGCUACAAUGAAGUAGUGAGUAACAGCGAGACCUCAAAACAAAUCUGGAGAUCACUUUGGAUGCGAGACUUUUCGUGGUUGGUUACCAAUUGGGAUGUUGGCAUUCAAGCCUUAAGCCGAUCAAACCUUGAAUCAACAAAUUGGGAAACUACUAUGGACAAGACAUUUUACUUCAUGUUUCGACAGACCUAUAUCAAUUGGAUCAUUGCUGGCGAGAAUACCAUGAACAGAUGCUUGGUGGGUCUGCAUGGGAAUAUUUACGAUAUUUCAUCAUUUCUGAAUGCACAUCCUGGAUCACCAGACACUCUAAUGGUUCAUUCCGGUCAGGACGCAACUCGAUUCUUUGAAGAUAUCAAUCAUUCCAACGGAGCUCGGAGACUGGCGAAAUCACUUUGUGUCGUUCUCGACUUGUCAUCGACAUCAGAGGAAGCAUGGGGAGUUCGACCGACAUCGUUUGCAAAGCUAGCAUUCAAUGCAUCCAACAAUGAUGUUGUCGACCCAGGGAACCCACUUCUUCUAGGAAGAAAGGAACGAAAAGGACUAGGGACGCUUUCCUGCAUCAAGGAACGAAUCAAGGAAGAGCGGAAACAGGUGGAACGACGAAAUGCACGGAAGUAUGCGUCCGACUCGACCGUAUUGGGAGGUCAAGUCAAUACUUAUUAUGACGCAUUCCGAAGAGAAUGGCGGGUUUGGUACACUGACUCUGAACUCCAAAAUGUAUUUGCACCCGCUUGA